AUGAUCCCCUGCGAAUUGACCUUGUUCAGUUAUUACCUGGCUCCUUCAUCAUCAUCGCUCUCGUUUGCUCAGCUGCCUUCAUCCAUCUUCUUCCUGUCCAUUCAGUCAAUACCGUACACAGUGUCACACAUACUCCUCCCCCAGCUACAAUUUGCCGUACAGGACGCUUCUGAAACGAGCACACGCCUGCAAUUUUACGCGUUGCAGGCCGUCCAUUCCGCUUGCCCGAGGGAAAGACGAGCCAUCGACAUUAUGGCGUCGGGUGGCUACCCGUAUUCCGGCGGCGGCGGUAAAACGCAACAGCCAUACUACGACCCCGAAUCGCUGCAUGUGUAUUCUCAGUCGUCAACGCCUGCGCCGCAGUACCAUGGCAGCCAGCCCGCUUAUGACUACGACUACAACACACAGCACACUCAGAACCAACCCGGCCGACCGUCGCCGUUUGAUACCGUCUUCGACGACCACACCUACCCGCCAAACUCGAGACAAGGCAGCGUGCCGGGCGGAAGCACCUCGCAGCCUGGCCUCUACCAAGAUACCGGCUACUAUGGCCAGGCCGGAGCCUCGCCCAUGUCCUCCAGACCAAAUAUCGCAGAGGACAUUCCUCUGCAAGACCGCCCGAUGAAGGGCGGCGAAGCCACUGAUCAUGUUUACGAUGCCUCGGCCGCCCCUGGGCAACGAUCGCGCACAGGUAGAGGCAAGGUCCGUGUGGGAGAGCUGGGAAUGCUCGGUUCGGACAAGAAACGAAUCCCUUUUGUUGUAUACUUCUUCAGCUUGGUCCAGGCCGCUGUAUUUAUCGCCGAGAUCGUAAAAAAUGGCUUAAUGACGGGCUCUCCCAUUAUGAUCAAGCCGCAAUUCAAUCCCAUGAUUGGCCCCUCGACGCAAGUGCUCAUCAACAUGGGUGCUCGAUACGCGCCCUGCAUGCACAACAUCAAAGCUAUUCAGGGUGCAUCAGCCGACCGACCAAUUUAUUUCCUUUGCCCGAAUGCUACGACCAACACCGAAAUCUGCCCUCUCUCCACACUCUGUGGCUUCGGAGGUGUACCCGAUCCCGUCUUCGACGGAAACGCGGAUCAGCACCCAGCACCCGAUCAGUGGUACCGAUUCAUUAUUCCCAUCUUCAUGCACGCCGGAAUCAUUCAUAUCGGAUUCAACCUACUUCUUCAACUGACAGUGGCCAAGGAAAUGGAACAGGCCAUUGGAUCUGUCCGCUUCUUUCUUGUGUAUAUGAGCGCUGGUAUUUUUGGCUUUGUCAUGGGUGGUAAUUUCGCCGCCCCUGGUAUUGCCUCUACUGGUGCUUCCGGCUCCUUGUUUGGAAUUAUCGCACUUACACUUUUGGAUUUGCUCUACUCCUGGUCAGAGCGUCGCAGCCCUGUCAAGGACCUGAUGUUCAUUAUUCUGGAUAUGGUAAUUGCGUUUGUUCUUGGCCUCUUGCCUGGCUUAGACAAUUUCUCGCAUAUUGGUGGUUUUCUCAUGGGACUGGCGCUUGGAAUCUGUGUUUUACACUCUCCUAAUGCCCUACGAAGGCGCUUGGAUGAGGGCACAACUUAUUCCGCUGUCCAAGGCGGCACAGGGGUACAUCCGGCCUUCCUUAAGAGCCCGGUUGGCUUCUUCAAGGGACGAAAACCGCUUUGGUGGGCUUGGUGGAUUGUACGAGCUGCUGUUCUCAUCACCAUCAUUGCCGUUUUCAUUGUAUUGCUCAACAACUUUUAUAAGCUUGGUGAGCAAUGUGGCUGGUGCAAGUAUCUGAGUUGCCUACCCAUCAAGGACUGGUGUGAGCUUGGCGCAAUUAAGAACUCGUCUUAA